UGGGGAAGAGGUGCAGCUCAAAAUAUAAUUCCAAGUUCUACCGGUGCUGCAAAGGCUGUUGGAAAAGUUCUUCCCGAGCUAAAUGGAAAACUCACUGGAAUGGCCUUUCGUGUUCCUACUCCUAAUGUUUCUGUUGUGGACUUAACCUGUCGGCUUCAAAAGAAUGCCUCCUAUGAAGAUGUUAAAGCAGCAAUAAAGCACGCUUCAGAGGGACAAUUGAAGGGAAUUCUUGGAUACACAGAUGAGGAUGUUGUCUCUAAUGACUUUGUUGGUGAUUCAAGGUCGAGUAUCUUUGAUGCUAAGGCUGGGAUUGGGCUUAGUAAGUCCUUUGUGAAGCUGGUCUCGUGGUAUGACAAUGAGUGGGGUUAUAGCAACCGAGUGUUGGACCUUGUAGGGCACAUGGCAUUGGUGGGAGCCCACAAUUGAACACCAAUAGCGUCUCUUACUGUUGGUGUUGCCAUUCUGAUAUUUCGUUUAGGUUAAAAAUUAGUAGCUGCUUAGGUUCUCAGAUUUUGAUAUUCAUAAGAUUGCAGACAUAUCUGAUGCCCCUCCAACAGAGGAAGAAAUAGAUGACCAUAUCGUAUGCAUUGAGAAUAUAAUAAAGAGGAAUUGUCCUGGUUACCUGUUUUGAAUUCAUCUUCAUAUAUAAUUUAAUAUCUUUUAGAA